CACAUUUCCUUUCAAGAUGGCGGACAAUCUCCCUUCAGAGUUUGAUGUGAUCGUGAUAGGGACGGGUUUGCCUGAAUCCAUCAUUGCAGCUGCAUGUUCAAGAAGUGGCCAGAGAGUUCUGCAUGUUGAUUCAAGAAGCUACUAUGGAGGAAACUGGGCCAGUUUUAGCUUUUCAGGAAUACUUUCCUGGCUAAAGGAAUACCAGGAAAACAGUGACAUUGUGAAUGAAAGCCCAGCAUGGCAAGAGCAGAUUCUUGAAAAUGAAGAAGCUAUUGCUCUUAGCAGGAAGGACAAAACCAUUCAACACGUGGAAGUGUUUUGUUACGCCAGCCAGGAUUUACAUGAAGAUGUUGAAGAAGCUGGUGCACUGCAGAAAAAUCAUGCUUCUGUGAUAUCUGGGAACCCCACAGAAGCUGCACAUUCUGCCUGUCUGCCUUCAGAAGAUGAGUCAUUAUGCAGUGUGAUCUGUGAAGUGCCCAGAGAACAAACUCCAAGCAGUGAUCUAGAGACUGCCCUAGAAAUACACGAUGUGGAAGUAACAGGGGAAAAAGAUAAGUAUUAUGACAACAAAACUUGUGUGAAGUCAGCUUCAGAAGAAGAAACAAGUGAAAAUGUGCCUACAGAAGAAGACACUGCAUUGCAACCAAAGAAAAAUAGGAUUACUUACUCACAAAUUAUUAGAGAAGGCAGGAAAUUUAAUAUUGAUUUGGUAUCAAAACUGCUGUAUUCUCGAGGAUUGCUAAUUGAUCUUUUAAUCAAAUCUAAUGUAAGUCGAUAUGCAGAGUUCAAAAAUAUUACCAGGAUUCUUGCAUUUCGAGAAGGAAGAGUGGAACAGGUUCCUUGUUCUAGAGCAGAUGUCUUUAAUAGCAAACAACUUACUAUGGUAGAAAAACGAAUGCUAAUGAAGUUUCUUACAUUUUGUAUGGAGUAUGAAAAACAUCCUGAUCAAUAUAAAGCCUAUGAGGAGAUUACAUUUUCCGAGUAUUUAAAAACACAGAAAUUAACCCCCAGCCUCCAGUACUUUGUCCUGCAUUCAAUUGCAAUGACAUCAGAGAAAGCCAGCAAUACCAUAGAGGGUCUCAAAGCUACCAAAAACUUUCUUCACUGUCUUGGACGUUAUGGCAACACUCCAUUUUUGUUUCCUUUAUAUGGCCAAGGAGAGCUUCCUCAGUGUUUCUGCAGGAUGUGUGCAGUGUUUGGUGGAAUCUAUUGUCUUCGUCAUUCAGUACAGUGCCUUGUUGUGGACAAAGAAUCCAGAAAAUGUAAAGCAAUCAUAGAUCAGUUUGGUCAGAGAAUAAUCUCUAAGCAUUUCCUUGUGGAGGACAGUUAUUUUUCUGAGAACACAUGCUCACAUGUACAAUACCGGCAGAUCUCCAGGUCAGUCCUGAUUACAGAUAGAUCUGUACUAAAAACGGAUUCAGAUCAACAGAUUUCCAUUUUGACAGUACCAGGAGAGGAACCAGGAACUUUUGCUGUUCGAGUCAUUGAGUUGUGUCCUUCAACAAUGACAUGCAUGAAAGGCACAUAUUUGGUUCAUUUGACUUGUACGUCUUCUAAAACAGCAAGAGAAGAUUUAGAACCAGUUGUGCGGAAAUUGUUUACUCCAUAUACCGAAACAGAGAUAGAAAAUGAAGAAGUUGAAAAACCAAGACUUCUGUGGGCUCUUUACUUCAAUAUGAGAGAUUCUUCAGCUGUCAGCAGGAACUCUUAUAAUGAUUUGCCAUCCAAUGUUUAUGUCUGCUCUGGCCCAGACUGUGGUCUAGGAAAUGAUAAUGCAGUCAAACAGGCUGAAACACUUUUCCAGGCUAUCUGCCCCAACGAAGACUUCUGUCCACCUCCACCAAAUCCUGAAGACAUUAUCAUUGAUGGGGACAGUUUACAACCGGAGGCUUCUGAAUUCAGUGUCAUACCAGAAGCUAACUCAGAGACUCCCAAGGAAGGCACAAGCCUGGGAACCCAGAGGAGGCCUCUCGAUAAUGGAUAUACAACAAAUUGAAUACCCCACUUUGGAAAUUCCUCCUGGCCUCAGGGUCUUCUUCAUGGAAGAACUGAAAAAUGUUAGAAAAUAGCAGCCAGUUGACAUACAUAAUUACCAAGAGAAGCAGGUCACAGAAAUCCAAAAGGGGAUUUUCCUUAAAGAGGACAUUGUAAGAACACAAAACACUUAAAAAGCACAUUGGCUUGCCUGCUUUAAGAUACCAAACCUGUAGAAUUAGCAGAUAAAUAUAAAUGGAUUGGCUCCCAGGGGUAUGGUAGCUAUGGAUAUGAAAGUGUACCUAUGCAUUGUUAAUAAUUCUGUCAUAUUCAGAAAGCUUUUUUCUUACCGCUUGGAUCUUUGUUUGAAAAGCCACAUCUUCAAAAUCGGGUCACCUAUUCCCUAUAAAAAAUAUU